UAAACAGAACUUGAAAAGCACGGUGUCCAGCAUUUCAUAGGCGCACUCGUUCCAGGGAAGCCACAACUAAAUAACGCAAGUAUUCUUCUCAAAACUCGUAGUCAGUUGCCUUUAUCAACAAGCGGAGACAGUGGACAGAGGAAGGAAAAUGCGCGUCUGUUCUCAGUAACACUUCUUCCUAGAGAGUGGCGGAAAAGGACGUCUUCGAAAAGCAUACAGCGCAGAAAAUAUAAUCCUCGUUUGAACUGAAAGAUAGAUAUUUUAUCAUCAAAAAAUUUUAGAUUUAUAUUUUUAUCUAUGCAACUAGCCUACUGUAUAUAGUUGUGGUCACGUUGUCAUUUUGCGGAGGAAAAGUAAAAGAGCAAGUAAGCAGAUGCAAAGAGCUAAGAGGAUUUGAAGCUGGACUAGAACCCGCGAGCUUCGAAGGAGAUUAAAUAUGAUCGUUGUUUUAUUUUAGGCAGCUCAGACGCAUUUAGUGAUGCUUGCGUUUCUAUCACGUACAUGUUAAAAGUCAGGUUAAUAUCACAACUCUUUCGGAGGUCUCUGCGCUUGCAGAGAAACGUAGAAAGGAAAAUAUAUGUCGGACUAAUUCAAGUCUUUCAAAUGUGAAUGGUUUAAAUAUAUAAGAAAAUAUUCUUCCACCAGUUUGAAGAGGCUGGAUAUCGUCGCUUGGAUGAAAGGGUGAUUACAGAAAUGGUGCACAUCCUAGCGCGAGCCUACAAACCCGCAAAAUUGGAUCUAUUUAUAAGCUAUAUUCAGCUGCAAUUAGUGAUUUAAGAAAGAAAGAAAGCAAGAAGGAAAGAAAAAUGAAAAACCUGCUCACGACCUUGCUUCUCCUCUCUCUACACCCGGUCACAGAAAGCAAAGUACAGAUUCCCACGACCGAGCUGAUAGAAUGGGGAGGAAGCGAUAAUGAAGAGAGUCUGUCGGCAGACGUGGCCAGCCCCAGGAUUGUAAACCCUCUGCGUCUGUUUGCCCAGGGAUCCCCUGGGCUCGGACAGAACAUCAGGGAAAUGACACACUUAGGAAGCACAGAGGACCUCUGGGACUGGUUAUCUAAUAAGACAGAUGUUCAGGAGACGCGUGCGAGAACUAAACGCAGGCCCAUAGUGAAGACUGGGAAAUUCAAAAAAAUGUUCGGGUGGGGCGAUUUCCACUCCAACAUCAAGACGGUGAAGCUGAACCUUCUCAUCACGGGCAAGAUCGUGGACCACGGGAACGGCACCUUCAGCGUUUACUUCCGGCACAACUCCACCGGCAAGGGGAACGUCUCUGUGAGCUUGGUGCCGCCAUCAAAGGUUGUAGAGUUUGAGACUGCUCAACAGUCCACGCUGGAGACCAAAGAUGCCAAAACGUUCAACUGCCGCAUCGAGUACGAGAUGUCAGACCGGGCCAAGAAGACCACUCUGUGCAGCUUUGAUCCGCCCAGGGUGUGCUACCAGGAACAAACUCAGAGUCAUGUUUCCUGGCUGUGUUCCAAACCGUUCAAAGUCAUAUGCAUCUAUAUCGCAUUCCACAGCGUAGACUACAAACUGGUGCAGAAGGUCUGCCCUGACUACAAUUACCAUAGCGACACACCCUACUUCUCUACUGCAUGACCCAAUCUGCAUGUUUCUGGGUCUCUCUGCAGCUGUAGACACCAAUGAGACAUUAGUUGACUCCCCCUAUGACCUUCAUCAACACAAUGUGUGCUCUUGACAGCUUCCUGUGAGCUUUUACAUUUACUUUUUUCCCCAGAUGUUGAAUAUCACAAUAGGCCAUGGGCAUAUCAUUGAUUAAUUCUUGCAUUUUUUCCCACUAGACUAAUAAAACGAUGUUGACAUUAUGUAAGUGUAAGUCUGUAAGUUUGUGCCAUGCUUAAUUUGAUGGGAAAUGUAAAUUUACAUUUGAUAAAUAUACAAAUGCAUACUUAAAAGAAUAAAUCCCAGCAAGCUCUGCCUGAAGGUGUAUUCACAUGUGCACCUAUACUAAGAAGAGAAGGCCAAUUUCUAUUGCUUCUUCAAAGUCUAUCAUGUGAAUAUUAAACCAGAGUUCACAAUUACAGGAGAUCUGUUCAACAGCUCCCCAGAAGGGAUGCUCGUUGUAAGAUACAAGGGAGCAGCAAUGUCAUGAAAGCGGUAAUCCCUUAAUUAUUUUUAUUGGUACGGUACACAUUUGAGUCAUGGUGGUCAAAUUUAGCUAAACUGUUCUCCAGGUUACAAAAACAAUUCAAUGCACAAAUAACAAAAGUGCAUACAAGAUGACCUACAGUCACAACAUUUGGAUCAUUAAAAAAUUGCUUAUAUAUCUAUACAACAGAUUUUUCACAAGAUUUUAUUUUGUUUGGUUAUUGUGACCAUUUUGCUCAAUCUGUGACUAGUCUGUUGCAAAACACUUAAGUCCAAUGUUGAUAAGCCCAAUAUGUUUGAGGAACAGAUACUGUGUUUAUGUGGAAUUCAAAAUGGCAGUGAAUGCAGGAGAAUUAAAUUUGCUAGAAGUCAAAAGUGCAAUAAAUGCAGGAAUGUUUCUUGGGAUAUGAGAAAUGUAUACAGUGUGAUGUCUUUGCAGUUAAUAUUGAGAUAUUUUUACAAAUACAUUUAAAAAUCACCACAAAUUCCAGCAUGCAACUAACUGACACCACCUCCAAUGUGAUGAUACUUCCUUGUGGUCUGUACAUUUUGUAGUGUGAAAUCUCAAUUGUAUUAGUAAUUGUUCUGGAUUUGAGUGGCUUGCAGCAGGCAUAUGACAUAAAAAAGAGAAAUUAAAGAGGAGUCAGUGAAAGCCUCAUGUAUGUCAAAUAGGUUCAGUAGAAAAUGAUAUAUGUUUAAGUGCUAAACAUUUCCAAAAUUUAGUAAAAUUCAGUGGCUUGUUGUAGCUUGUUUUUACUACAUGGCCAUGAAAAAAUUUGGAUUCAUUCUAAAGUACUUAUGUACACGUUGUGCCAAUAUGCCCAAUGAUCAUUUUUUAAAACAGAUUUUACCGCUUUCCUUCCAUUCUGGAAAUGCCCAAUAGCAUAUGUAACUGUGCUCAGUGCUGUAGCCUCCGCUAUUGACUUGUGAGAGCAUAGAUAAGCCUGUUGUCCUAUGAAGCGUUUGAUUCUGAGCACCACUUCCCAUCAUAUCACAGUUCACGUGUCAGGGUCGCACAGACAUGAGUUAGAGGAAGACUCUUCACUUGCGGACUUGCAGUCACCAGCUCAAUUGCGGGUGGGGGGGGUUGCUGGUUCAUGAUUGGGUGAUGUCAUCCAUUGCCCCAGUUGGGGGCCAUGGAUGGACUAGGACAGUGAACCACCCAGCAGCCUCCAUGUAUCAUUUUUGGUCCUUUGUUCAAUUAUGGGCAAGUGCAGUAAAUCGAUUGGCUGUGGUUACCCUGCCUAUUGGACCAUGUGGACAUUUUUAACGUAACUUUUCUUUUAAAUAAAGAGGAGUGUUCAAACCACAGGUUUAUGGGUCAUUGAAAUAUCUGGCAAUAAUAUAUAUAUAAAUAUGUAUAAAUAAAAACAUGAUAUGGUACAAGUCACUGCAUAUCAGUGCCAUAUGCAAAAAUGUAAAAGAAACCAAAAAACAAACAUCUUAUAAUUAUACUGUUCAGUAAACUAAAGUUGGCAGCCAUUUCUUUAAAGUCACUGUAGAAAAAUAAUUGUGAUAAAAAAGAGUCAAUGCACAUAUUAGAUGCUUGGCUCCCUGAAAACCAGUUAAACGAUCUCAUAUCAAUAAAGCAGUUUGCCUGGAGGCACCAUGCUAUAACUCCCAUACGGUGCUUUGCUCAGUCGAGCAAUGCUGCAUGAGGAAAUUACUAAAUGCAUUCUGCAGACUACAUUCAGGUCAUGAGGAGGCUCGAUGCCCAUUUCACCAUGUUGAUUAGGUCAGGUUUGUGCGCUGCUUGAAUGGGUCUUGAAAAGAGGCUCAGUGAAAAUGAUGCUUAUUGAGAAUCCUUCAAUUAUGACAAGAGACGUUCAGUUUGUCUUUGUUCCAACAGCUGUGCUUUCUAGUAUUGCCCUUGAGUAGCAGUGUAUUUUCCUUUCCUUUAAAUCCUUGACAUGCUGUUUCUGGUGGUUUGGCAAGUAUGAACACACCAAUUUACUGGUAUGGCCUCAGGGGGUCAGACAACAGGAGCUUGAAAUCUUAAUCUGCAAUGAAGUAACAUCAGAAUAGUCUGGUCUGGCAGGCACAUGAAUACUAAAUUAGUAUCAUUUUGUGGACCAUGCUGGGGGUCUGAAGUAACGCAUUAGCUUAGCAGCACAUGGGCUCCAGCUUUCCUCAGCCUCAGAAAAGUAAAAGGUCAAUUAUAUGUGUGCACAUGUCAUAAGGAGAUUAAAGACAUCAAAGUGUGUAUUGUAACAGGCUCGGCAUCCACACUAACCGUGUGUAUCAUGUAAAUAUACUCAGUUCAGUGUUUAGGCCUUUGCUCAGCUGACAUCUGAGCGUAUAUGUGUAUUUCAUAGUACAGUGAGAAUAAACUGUUUUGUCAUCCAUCUGUUUUUCAAAGGGAUCUCAAAGUGGAAAAGGUGAAGUCACACAGAUUCACAAUAGCGGCGCAUAUAAUGAAAUGAGUAAGUUCUUAACAAAACUUUGAAAUUUCUUUUUUAAAUUAAGUAGAACAAAAUGUAGAAUGAACUGCCAUGGUCCCAUGUGAAAAUGCAGAAGCAAACCAUUAAGAUUUUCUCAUUCAUCUAAAUAACUUUACUGUGGGCCGAAAAUGACAAACAUAUUGCAUUAAAGUCAACAAUCAAACCAUUUUUCAUCCCUAUCAUGCAUUUUUUGAGCCUGUAAAUGUUGUUCUUCAAGGCAGUAAAUGGAUAAAAUUGCAGCUUUUUCAUCUGUUUUCCACCGCUCAUUUACUUUUGUUGCUGUGUACAAGACAAUGUGUGCUUUGUGUAAAUCUGUUUACUUUUGUGACUUAAGAGUAGCUGAUUCCAACCAUAAUUUGAGAAAACUUUUGGUCAUUGAAAAUUGCUUGAAAGAAAUGUACAUUUUUAAAGGACAUUAAGAGCAAUUGUCAAGUGCGUGUUAUUUUUUACCUGUGUUUAAUCAACAUUUUCCCUAAACAUUUACUAACAAAUAAAGGCUAACAUAUUCUUUCAUCACAUACAUAAAUGAAAAUUAUUUUUGGUGAUUUCUGAUCUUGCCAAAAUAUAUUUCUGAAAAAAAAAAGAACUUCUGAAUUUCCUUGUGAUAAACAUUAGACGUAUGUUAAUUCAACAGGCAUAUUUUUAUUUUUGUUAUUUCUAUUUUUUUUAUCUGUGAACAGUAAUUGAAAAAUUCUAAUUGGGCUACUUCAGAAAAAACAUUCUGAAUAGCCUUCUGUAAAAUACAAUGGUGAACUUA